GACCGGCCAUGGUCGCCAUGCUCAAAAGCAUCACCUGCGAGCAACAGAUGACGAUCAAAAUUGUGUUUAUUUACACCUAGUACCGGCGCCUUGUCGAUUUCCAAUACGCUUCCGACGAAGAACCCAGCCUUGUUGAUCGAAUCUAUAUCAUCACCCGCUCUGUAACAGCAACAAACUCCACGGACUAUGGCCUACAACGGCUCCAACAGUGACGAUGAUGAAAAUACUGGCCUCGGCGACGACGGGGGCUACAAUAGUCCAAGGUUCGGCGACAACGAGGGCUACGAAAGUCCAAGAUUCGGCGGCGACGAGCGCUAUGGAGGUCCUGGCUACGGGGACGCCACAGAGGGCUACAACGGUGGUGAUUACUACGGGAACGCCAACGAGGACUACAACGGUGGUAAUGACAACGGGAACGCCAGCGAGGGCUACAACGGUGGUGAUUACUACGGGAACGCCAACGAGGGCUACAACGGUGGUGAUUACUACGGGAACGCCAACGAGGGCUACAACGGUGGUGAUUACUACACUGGUCACUAUGGCGGCUCGGGUUACAACUCUGGCGGCACUGGAAGCACACAACUUGUCAUGGCUAGUUCAAGACACCCUCCCCAGCCGAUGCCUCGGGGCCACGGUUACGACCCCAACGCUUACGUUCAAGGUCAACCCGCCUUGAUCCAUGCGAUGAGAAGGGGCGACUCACGGGGCGUGGAAUCUCUCAUCCGUAGCGGCGCUUCGAUAGACCAUUUCAGCUUCGAACACCACAGUAUGGCAGUCCAGUAUAUUUACCAAACUCAGAACCGCCAGUUGAUCGACAUGGUGGGUCGCAACAAUGCUGCUCGUCACGCAAGGGGUGCUCCGCGCCCUCAUGCCUUUUCACCGGGGCCAGGAAGGAGGAGUAGUUCCCGUGGAGGGCGGUGGCCCGUCAGGGGAGAUGGCCGAGGACAUUGGCCGGCCAGAGGAGACGGCCGAGGACAUAGCAGGGGGGAUAGCAGAGGACAUUGGCCCGUCAGGGGAGACGGCCGAGGACAUAGCAGGGGGGAUGGCCGAGGACAUAGACCGUUUAGGGCGAAUGGUAGGCGUGGGCGGGAGUGCGACUGGGGUUGUUGAGGCUGGGGGUGCGGGUGGCAUACCUAUGCUAGCAGUAAUGACUGUACAGUGCGGAAUAUUGACUUAUGCAAUGAACAGAGUGCACUUCUAAGUAUCAUAACAGAUCGCCCCCGCACACGAUCCCUCUUCAACGCGGUUCACUGAGAUCCCAAUG